UAAAAUGACGUCUUAAAAUGGCGGUGUACUGAAAUUGUGUUCGUCUUCGUACAAAUUAAACUUUAUAGUUAAAAACUUGUGAGAACAUAUUUUAGUGUUUUAGUUUUAGCGUCUCACUAUUUAUUUAUUAUCAUAUAGUUAUUACAUUUUUAUCAUUCAUACAGUUCAGAGUGCCUCCUAACUUGUUAUUGAGAGUGCAAUGUCAGAAGAAUCUGAAAGACAUGGCGAGUCGACGAGUGACGGCGGCGCCACGAACGUGGCGCGUGUGUUGUUGACCCCGCAACAACUCGAGAACGCGACUUUAGAAUCCCUUCGUGCCUCGUGGAAAAACCAGGACUUGUAUAUUGACCAACUUGAGUCUUUGAACAAACAGUUGGAAGGUAGUUUGGAAAAGGCGAAACAGAUAGAAGAUAGGAUAAAGCAACAAUAUGCAGAGUCACAACACCGGGAAAAAGUACUUGUUAGGAGGCUCGCAGCCAAGGAGCAAGAAAUACAGGAUUAUGUUAGUCAAAUCGCAGAACUAAAAUCAUCGCACGCGAGUCUGAAUGGUAGGCCUUCACUGCUUGAUCCGGCUGUGAAUAUGCUUAUUUUGAGGCUAAAACAAGAGCUCAUAUCAACAAAGGCACGAUUAGAAGAAACACAAAAUGAACUUUCAGCAUGGAAGUUUACACCAGACUCAAAUACAGGGAAGAAGUUGAUGGCUAAAUGCCGCCUCUUGCAUCAGGAAAAUGAAGAUCUUGGACGAAUGACGUCUAGUGGCAGGAUAGCUAAGCUGGAAGGUGAUUUAGCAUUACAGAAGAGUUUAAGUGAAGAAGUUAAGAAAUCACAAUCAGAGUUGGAUGAGUUCCUACAAGAGUUAGAUGAGGAUGUGGAGGGAAUGCAAAGCACAGUGUUAUUUUUACAACAAGAAUUACGGGCGUCCCAUGCAACAGUGAAUGGUAACAGAGUGUCAACUCCUGCAGACAAACGGACUUACUCCGGAAGUGAAUGUAGCGAUACUCCAGUGGGCAAACGUAGACGUGGCUCAGUUCUCUCCCUUGAUUAUAAUGAGGAGGAGGAGCCGCUAACUAUUACUAAUGGUGAUGCAGAGUAAUAAGUGGUUUAUACAAUUGUCUCAAAUUAGUGAAAUGUGAAAAAACUGCCAAUUGACAUGUUCUGAUUGAAUAACAUAUGCAAUGUGAGUAUGGUCUCACGGAUUCUUAUACAUCAGCGAAUAUCGAAGUGAUUUAAAUUUAUGUACUUUAUAUUAGCCAGUCUAAAAUUUGUAUAAUGUGUCAUCGCCAUUGACUUGUCGAUAAUGAUUGUGACAUGUGAACAGUAUAUGAAAGUUAUUAUUUGCAUUUUGGAGUGGACCAUGUGAACAGAUUUAUAAGUGAAAGUUUUGACAUUGAUUUUGAACGAAUGCAACCCUGAGAUGACAAUUUUAUAAUUUAUUUACGUAAAGUGCAUUAAAUAAAUGUGAUAAUUAUACAUUAGUGAGACACCAAUUAUAUAAGCAAUGUGGUUUAGUUGCGAAUGUUUUAUUAGAGAUAUUUAAAUAAGCCAUGGUGAUUAGUUCUAUAAUGCAAUAAUGUCAAAACAAUGCCUAAUAUAGUGAUGAUUAUGGUGUUUCUAUUGAAUUUAUGUGAUUUUCUACAUAAAAUGUUUCUAUUUUGAAAUAUCAAUUGAAUGUAUAUAUAUAGAGGUAUGUUAAUAAACAUAUUAAUGUCAUCAGUU